GGCGGGGACCGGGUGGUGGUUCGGCUCUCCCGGGCCUCGGAGGGCCCUGGACGCCUGCGCUAGGCCGCCAGAGAAGGCCGUGCGUGGCGGGGUGACCUCUGGCUGCCGGGGCCUGUCCUUCAGCCAUGCCCCCUGGUCGGUUGGCGACGCCCUGGCCCGGGAGCCGGGCACUGGCCGCUGAACCACCGCCUGCCUCUGUUUGUCACCACCGGCCGGAGGCUUCUGGACCCUUCGUGGGGCUCCUGAUGGUGUCGUUCAUUCGACUGCUGACUCAGCUUAUCAAAUGAUGGUGCUUGGAAAAAUUUCGAGGCAGCUCUGCAGCUUAAAGAAAAUCCCACGGUCAUGUGACUCCAGAUACUUCUGGGAAUGGUUGAAUACAGUGUUUAAUAAAGUAGAUUAUGAACGCAUCCGGGAUGUCGGCCCUGACAGGGCAGCGUCUGAGUGGCUACUUCGGUGUGGGGCCAAGGUACGCUACUGUGGCCACCAGAAGUGGCUGGAGGACUACAACAACCUCCCAGGAGGCUCUGUGGGCAGAUACAAGAUCCAAGCAAUUGAUGCCACCGACUCUUGUAUCAUGGACAUUGGAUUGGAGCACAUGGAGGGCCUAGAGCAUGUUGAAAAAAUAACACUGUGCAAGUGUCAUUACAUUGAAGAUACCUGUUUGCAGAGGCUCAGUCAACUUGAAAAGUUACGAAAAAGCCUAUUGGAAAUGGAAAUAAUUUCCUGUGGGAAUGUCACAGACAACGGCAUCAUUGCUUUGCGACAUUUUAGGAACCUCAGGUCUUUGUUCUUAAGUGAUCUUCCUGGAGUGAAAGAUAAAGACAAUCUCGCCCAAGUCUUCAAGACAGCACUGCCUUCUCUAGAGCUGAAAUUAAACCUGAAGUAAAAUAAGUCUGUGCUCUCAGUUUAAAGCGCCAUUUGAAAGUGCUGAUGCUCAGCAGACACUGCCUAGUCACCAGCAGGACUGAGAGACCAUGUGGGAGUGCGGACUGGACAUUAGCUAGAAAGUAAUGUGUAAAAGUGACUCGCUAAAAUUACUUAGUUGGAAGUGAGAAAUUAUGUACAUUGGAUCACUUAAAAAUUACAACGUAACAGGGUGGUGAUGGCGCACACCUUUAAUCCCAGUACUCGAGAGGCAGAGGCUGGUGGAUCUCUGUGAGUUCAAGGCCAGCCUGGUCUACAAGAACUAGUUCUAGGGCAGGCUCCAAAGCUACAGAGAAAUCCUGUCUCAAAAAAAAAAAAAAAUACAAUGUAACAUUUUAAUUCUAAUGUACUCCUCAUUGGCAUAUAUACUGUAGAAUAUUGCUUGGUAUGGAUCCUGACAUAGAGUUCUUUAAGAUACAAUGCAAUUAUUCUUUUUUAUAUUAUAACACUUAACGUCUUUAAAGGCGCUGAAGCGCGCUGCUGUAAAUGCCUGGUUCUGAACACCCGAAAGCUCAGUUCCAGCUGCAGUGAUGGACUCAGUCGUGCACAGCUGUCGGUGGCGCUGGCAGCGGCACAGCGGGUUGCUUCCUAGGGUUCGCAUGCACUGCUCAAGUUCCUGCAUUGCAUGUGCUUUUAAACAGGUGCACACCUUUUAAAAUACCCUUUGUCAGAAUGAACACGCUGGUUAAUUCGUCCUACUUUGAAGCUUGGGCCAGUGCUGGUUAAAACUUAACACAGGUUCUUGUCUGUACCCCAACUAGUUUUGCUGGUAAAACAAAACAAGAGCCAAAAUAAAUAAAUAAAUAAAAAUAAUCCCUGCUGCCCUUCUGCAUCAAGCAAAAUGUUAGUGUGUUGAUUUAAAGCUAAGUUUUGCUAUCCCUCAAAUAUUUUGAAUGUUGCUUCCAAUGAACUCAAGGAACAUAAAAAAAAUAAAAUUUGAAAA